CCGACCAUUGGACAUCCCAAACCCAAACAUACGGACAGAUGAAUGACUUCGCAGGACAAGGGCAACCGCAAACCAGGUCCAUGCAUGGCCGGGUGGAAGGUGUGACUUCCGAACCAAGGAAACGGGAUGCCCCGAAACACCCCGAGCUAGCGUCAGAAGAGAUGAGGUACUCGACGUACUUCCGAUGGCCACUGUACUGCCCCAUAUCACCGAGGAAGCUAGCCCAAGCUGGUUUCUUCUACACAUAUAUCGACGACCAGGUCAGAUGUUUCUGGUGCGAUGGCGGCCUGAAGGACUGGCAGGCUGGAGACGAUCCGUGGACUGAGCACGCGCGCUGGUACGGGGAGGAAUGCAACUUCGUCUUAGAGACGAAAGGUCUCCAGUACGUCCGCACCAUCAAGGACAGUUUCCCAACACUCGCACCACAGGUCGGACACGUCACAGACGAGCAGUCCUGGCAACACCAGUACAUUGGAGGCGUCCCCCUGUCCGUAGGGGUAGGAGAACAUCAGCAGAACCAGAACAGCAACCAACACAACCAGUGUGAAGGGCUUUUCACAGACGCUAUGGACUCAAGGGUAGUUCGAAACGUGCUAGAAAUGGGUUUUGCCCAGUCGGACGUGGAGACGGUUGUCCGUAGACGACUCAAGGCAAAUGGUCAAUCUUUUACCACAAUGACCGAUCUCGUCGAAUGUCUGAUAGCAAUAGAGGAGAAUGGCCCCGGCGACGACUGUAGCCAACACGUCGAGGUCGAAGGAAAAAGUGACGAGAAACUUCAAGAGCAGUCAACACAAUCAACUGAAAAACCUCCUAACGCCAACGCAGAGUCGCGUGAAUAUGGAGGUCAAGAAUCGGUUGAGCUGCUUCAGAGAAAACUGCAACAAAUGAGAGAGGAACGUACCUGCAAAAUCUGUAUGACAAACGAUGCCUGCAUGGUGUUUAUCCCAUGUGGACAUCUCUGCUGCUGCAAUACUUGCGCCAACACCAUGCGCAGGAGAGGAUCAACCUGUCCUCUCUGUAGGGCACGUAUAAAACAUGUCCAACGGGCUUUCCUUGCGUGACUUUGCUGAUGACAGCGAUACACCGAGUUAGCCUUACAACUGUUGGAUAUGUUUACGAUCCCACGCGCGAGAGGCUUGAAACGGAUCAAAGUGCCAAAAGGUUGAAGUUAUGGUUGAAGCGAUAUCAAACUGUAAUGAUAUUUGAUGAUAUCUACAUUCAGACGGAAGAUUCCAUUCUGUCCAAGUAAUCGCGUUUAAAUCCCUUUUCACUUGCUGCCAUUUAUCAUUUUCUGAAACUAUGGACAUAUAACCUGCAGAUAAACAAUCAACUGAGGAAGAGACAAUUAAGUCAUCAUGAUGGCCAACUGGAUCAGUUGGCGGAAAUCGCCUCGUCAAAGUGAAGUUCAAUCGUACACGCACAACAGCCCAAUGCAUUGACGGGCACGCGGCGUCUCAGAAGACACUUCCAAGUGAGGUUCAGCCGUGCACGUGUUGCCUGACGAACCGUUUAAAUGACGUUGCGUGGCGUCUCAAAAGACAUUUCAAGUAAUGUUCAACCACCGUGCGCGUGAUUGUGCCCCCGGGGCGUCUCAAAAGACAUGACAUUGUGAGAUGCAACCGUACGCGUGAUGGCAUCUAGCGUAAAUGGCUUUCCGGGGUGUCAAAAUGACAUUUUCGCGUGAGUUUUUUUACCACUUAACUGACAUUCCGUGGUGCCUCAUGAGACACUUUUAAGUGAGAUUCAACGGUACGCGUGAAGGCAACCCACCUAACGGACAUUUCGUGGCGCCUCAAAAGUGAGGUUCAACCGUACGCGUGAUGAUUUAAUGGCAUUCCACAGUGUCUCAAAAGGCAUUUUCACGUGAGGUUUUUUACCGUACACGUGAUGACACUCACAUGCAUACUGACACGUUCCAAAGACAUGUUCAAGUAAGAUUCAACCGCACGAGGAGUAGACACGGUCCAGGCAAUAUCACAGACAGUGGUGAGCGCCUGAUUGACACAUGGGGUGAAUUUGACCUGGCCAUUGCAAUUGGAGGCACAAUUUGUGAGGACAAAAACAUACCUUGAGGAUACAUUGCGGGUGAAUAGAUGAAGAGGGCUGCUGCCUGUGGCUUCAUCCUCGUCUCAGUCCACAAACGUAACUGGAAAACAGAGAAACAAAUAGACUAUAUUAUUAUAAACAACAAAUGGACGCGACCCUUGCUCGAUGUACGUGUAAUGAAGUGCUGUCGUCGGGAGUGACCACAAACUUGUAAUUCAGCCUUAGUGCAACUUAAGGAAACCCAAAAUUGGAAAUAACAGGGCAAGACCGCGGCUUCAAUGUUGAUGAACUACAAUAUUCGAAAGCAAGAAAAUAUUUCAAUAUAGCACAUAAGAAUCGUUUUUCUGUACUGCAAGAUAAAGGAACUUCAGGAAACUAUAACAUAUUUGAAUAUAAGGAAAACAACAAAUCUGCUUGGUUGUCCGGUGAUACAUGCAAAUAACUGAAAAAAGAGAACAAACAAAAAAGAAGAAACGACUGAGCUCAAAGUCUCCAAGGCUGAAAGUGAGGUGUAUCAGUAAAGGGAGAAAGAUAAGGAAGUUGAAAAAUACAGCUAUUAAGGAAAAGAGGCAAUUCACAUACAACUUGACCAAAGACGCUGAAACAUCUGCUCAAAGGAAAGAUGUGAAAACAAGUCAUAUGAUAACACGAAAAGCUAUGUAGAUAUAACAACACCAACUAAGACCUACAAGUACAGACCCUUGAUGGGUCAGCUAUGGUCACAGAAGAAUAGGCAAAACUUGAAAGAUGGAGGGAACACCACAAACAACCCCAUCAUGAUGUUAAAUGCAAAGUCACUGGAGGAGGUUAAGGAACUUAAGGAAGUCACUUAUCUAGUCAGCAAAGUAUAACUGACGAUGGGUAUUCUGCCAAAGAAUGGGACAAAGGGAUUAAAGCAAACCAGGCAUUCAAUUCUCAGACAAGCAUGGAGAUCUUCGAAGCGCCAACGUACAUACCAUGAAAAUAAACAUUAAACAGGAUGUUGGUAGACGACAGCUCUUAUCACACACAAGCUGAACAUUUCCAAAAUAAGUGCUAGAUUUUGAAAAUCGCGUGGGCAAAAAAGAUCUGAAACAAAAACCCUGAAACAAAACAGGCCUUGUGUCAGUGCAUCAAGGAAUCACGAGAAACUCGUAUAUGGAGUUGGUUGGGCCUUCGGAAAACAUGACGAGAGUUGCAUGAAGAUGGACACCACAGGAUUCCCAGAGGCCGACCAAAGGCAAAAGAAACCUGGAGCAGAACGGUGGAAAGUCAAGUGAGGAUUGAGGCGAGGCUUUUCCAUAAACAUACCAGACGGCGCAACAAAAGUGAAAGGCAGUGGUGGUGGAGAGGCAGUGGUGGUGGAAGUGCUGUCAUCUAUCUAAUAGGACACAUGACGGUAGUUUGGAGCCUCCAGCACCACUUGGCACGGGAAAGGGUUAAGUGAGCGAAAUCAACCGUAUACGUGUGAUAUUGAUGACAAACCGCUCGACUGACUUUCCGUGGUGUCUCAAAAGACAUUUUAAAUGGGGCCCAACCGUACACGUGAUGGAAAUGCCUUGUACGGUAAAAUAGCAACUACAUAUCAAAACAAACUCCAGAAAGUGUGGUUUUACGAUCCAUCAAAACAACAAAGUUUUAUUGACGACAAGGGACGUCGACGAACAUCAACAUCAUUACGCUGUAUUGUGAAAUUGCGCAUGCAUCAUUUGCGAUCGGAUCUGUUAACGUCUAUGUGUUAACUGAUUGUGAAGUUAACUGUUUGUUGAAGUUGACUGAAAUUGUGAAUCACAACAUCUAUAAACAUGCCACAUGUACACACAGUUAACUGAGUGAAUUGUCAUUGUAUAUUGCAGAACCUCUGCACAUGCCAUUCGUAAAGGUGCUAAACGAAUGCCAUUGACCAGAUCAACAGGGCUAAGAUGUAUAUGUAUAUAUAAAAAUGUUUGGUGAUAUGAACAUGAGAAACAGGAUCUUAAUGAAGCAAAUUAUUGUGGUUUUCAAUCAUCGAUA